AUGUCAUCCAAACCUCUGAAACCUGUUAGACAGGACUUCAUCGCCAAAGCCAGGUACAUCAACAAUCUACCACCUCCUCCAAUUACUCCCAAGUUCAUCAAACCACAAACAACGGAAAAGUUAUCGAGAGAAGAAGAGGCUGAUCAAAUCUUAAGCUCGUUAUUUAGAAAAGACAACUUCAAAAAUUUGAUAGAAAACAUCGAUGACGAGAACGGAAUGAACUUGAACUUGAUUCAUAACCACGGUGUCUUGGACAACAAUGAUAUCAAGAGUAUUGUGAAAGAACGCAACUCUGAAUCGGUGGAAUUACAUCCUAAUGACAGAAUCUUGUUGAGAGAUGCUGGUAUUGGUAAGAUUAGUAGAAAGGAACCAGAGGUUUCGUUCUUAAGAAGAACCGAAUACAUUUCCGAAAGGGCCAUAACGAAGAAUGCUAUUGAAAGUGGUUCCAACGGUAAGCAAGAAGAAGAGAAGUUUGAUAGUGAAACUCAGUUAAAAGCAGUGGAAAGAACAUUCGAUGUUGCACAAGAAUCGUUAAAAGACUUCAAGAAGUUGGUUCAUCCUACCAAAAAACACUUGAAGGCUGUUAACGCAUGGCCAUUAUUGCCUGACACUUCGAUGAUGGACUCCAAGUUCUUGACGAUUAAACUCAGUGGGUCUGCAUCUGUUAAAAGAGAAUGGGAUACCCUCAAGACACAGCAGAAGGAUAAAUACGACGAAAACCUCCAAAGGAAGAUUAUUUCAACAGCUGUAUUCAAGCCUAUUACUAGUAAUGACGGUGAAUGGAUGUCUUUGUACGAAGAUACGUCUAAAGAAGAAGUUGAAAGGUUAUACGAAGCAUUGAACUCUGAAGACCCAAAUAAACCAAGUAAUUUGGUGACCGAAGACCAGAACGACAAGUUUGGAUUCAAAUUCAUAAGAAACUAUGACAUGAGUUUUCAGAAGUAUUCCAAGCCUCUUGACGAGCUCUCCAUCAAGUUUGUAACUCCAGAGAACUCCAAGAAGAGAAGGUUGGCACAUUAUUACCCUGUGACAGGGAAAAUAGACUUGAGGAAGUACAGAACUUCUGGUAACAGUCAGAUCAACAAGUUUGUCAGAGAGAGCACAUUCGAUACCAUCAACUAUACAUUGAGAGAACCUAACACUGAUGAAAUGAGGAAAAUGGACAAUAUCAGAAGUGAGUUUGAUCCUAUGGAGUACGAAGGAGAAGAAGAGCCUGAAACCAAGGAAGAAGAUUCCGAUAAGCAGAAUGGCGAUGCUGAACAAGAUAAUGAAUAA